AUGGUGUUGUUAUUCAAAUUGGCACAGAGGGGCGGAGUGGGGCGGGCUGUCACGUGGAGCUCGGGGCGCCGGCGCGGCCGGGCCGCCCGGGCGCUCGGCCGGGCUGGCGGCCGCGGCAUUCCCCUGCCGGCAGCCGGCCGCUCCGCUAUGCGCGCCGUCGCGUGGUCAUCUGCGCCCGCCGCGGCCGCGCUCGCGUCCCGGGCCCGUAGCGCGCCCGCUCCGUCGCGCUCGCCGCGC